AUGGCCUCCAUGGCAGGCGAUGCCUCCCCGCACAAUCAUCUCCCCAGCUUGCGCGCAAUCAUCACCGCAUCAGGCUCAGCAAAUAUGACUAUGGGCAGGUCCUUGCCUCCAAUCCCGCCCAACGUGCCCCAGCGGGAUGUGUUCCUUGUCCAAAGAAACUUCAUGCCCAGCCCACCCAACACUCAUGAGGUCUUUUUUUCCCGACCAAUGAUGUCACCAGCUGAGCACAUCGUUCCACCACCUUCCCCGGCGUACUCUGCAGAUUCCUGCUUGGGUUCGGUACCACCGCAGGGACCAGGCAGAUUGAUCUCGGAUAUCAAGUCCGCUCCCGUGAACGAGUUAUAUGCCUCAAUUCGCCCACAAGAGGGCAGAACCCGCAAAAAGCCACUGCAGCAGUGCGGCCGGAAACGCACGGCGAAUAUGGCGGGCUUCCCGGAUGUGCAGAAAGAAAAGCACCGCGUUGCUGAAGCAGACAGACGCAAAAACCUAAGCGUUAGUAUCCACGAUUUGGAUGACAGAGUUCCGGACCAUUUUCUCAAAGAGGCUGGCUGGAAUCUCUCGAAGAACUCGGCACCGUCCAAGGAACACAUCCUCAAAGGUUCUGUGAUGUAUAUUGACCAGGUGAUAUUAGUUGUUGGGGAGUUUCACGACAGGCUUUUGGAGGCUGAGCGCGAGAUCAUGGAGCUCAAAGAGCGCAAUCGAGAAUUGGGAGAGCGAGACCGAGCCGUUGGGUACCAAUCCAAAGCCCAUGGGCACAUGUGCUGCCGUUCAAAGAGCGAGCAGCCUAACCCACAGGAAGUUGCUUCGUUGCCGGAUAUCGCACCAAAAGUCAUGCUUCCUGGUUUAAAUGGAAUCCGUGGGGUUAGUGCUGUUACCCCGGACUUCGGUCGCUUCGAGGCAUUGUCUGCUGGGACUUUUCAAUUUUAUGGUCAAUCAUUUAUCAGCCGCACACCUCCAUCGACCGGGCCAUCUUCUCCGGUUUUCAACCAAGCCGCGUACUCAACGACCAGCUCACGACCUUCGUCUUCUCUUCAAUCACCAUGA